GACAGAAUGCGCGAAGAGCGAAGGCGAUGUAAAAUUGUAAACAUCACGGACUGGAUUUUAUUGAUUUGUUUACGCGGACCGCAUAAGGCUUUCGGGGCAUGUAUUUGAGGCUUCUAUACAUAAGACGUACAUAGUAGAGAUAAGAAUUAGAGCAACCUUGUCAAAACGAUUAAAAGAUAAUACUCCAGCCUAAUUGCCGCCUUUCGUGUUCGUGUUUUAUCAAUCGUGCCAGCUAAGGGAGCUUUGGAGGGCCCAAAAACUUUAGUUUAACCAUAAAGUGAAACGUAUCGAUUUCAUUAACUUCCGCGACGUAGUAAAAUUCUCUAAAAUGUCUAGUGAAUAUUUAAACAUUCGUGAUUAUGGUGUUAAAUGGAGUAAUAAAUUAAAUCUCACCGUUGGGAUAGUGUGAGUAAUUUUGAUUGUUUUGAUAUUGAAAGAGAGACAGUCAUGAAUGGAAUGCUGUAUUUUGGAUGGCUGGUGGGUAAAACGGAAUGGACUCUGGUAAAGUGGAGGCGAUGCCUCCUGGAUUGGCGCACUUGGACACAGUGAGAUCUUUGCAUCAAACUGUAGUGUCUCUCAGGACUGCUUUGGAGGUAUCCAAGAAUGAACUCAAGGAAUUGAAAGAGAAAUAUCUGGAGCAUUCCCGUUGUUUGCAGCAUGCGGAUAUUAUAGAAAAAUUAUCCAUUGAGAAUCAUAUUUUAAGGAGAAAAAUUAUUGAAUCUUGUGUUGAGAGUCAACCUGAUCAUCUUCUAGAAGUUCCCCUCAGUGUGGAGAAAGGUGAUAGUGACAUAUGCAGUGAUAUUGUUAUAGAAACUGCUACAACUAAUAAUGAUAAAGCUAGGGCAUUUGAAAGUGAUUUUAGGUCAGAUACUGAGUAUAACAAUAAUAUAGUGGCUGCAGACAUUGAUGAAGGCAACAGUCAAAAUAUUUUAACAGAAAUUAUUGAGGAUAAUUUUUCUGAGAGUAGUCAAGAAAAUGAAAGUAUUGAUUCUGUUAAGACUGAAGCUCAUGAAGACAAAUAUCAAAUAGGUGACAAGGAGAGUUGGUUUUCUCAAGAAAAUAGAUUAGAAAAGCUUAAUUUUAAGAAGAAACUUGAAUUGCUCUCAAAAUUUGAUGUUAAAAUUAAAGUUAGAACUUUAAAAGAAAAUAGUGCAAUAUCAAGUACUACAGACACCGAGUCUUCUGAAGACAGGCAAGACAAAAAACAAAAUACAGAAUCACAAACUACAAAGACUAGAGAAUUUGAAUUUAAAGAGAAAAAACAUCAUUUUGAGACAUUUAAUAGGCAGAAAGGUCAUACAAUUGAUUUAAAACAAACAUCCAGUGAAAACAUAAAAAUGGCAGUUCCAAGUUCAGAUGAAGCUGAGAUAAAAUCUAAAGUGGACAAAUUUGAUGUGCAGGUUAAAAUUACAUCCGAAGAUAGUUUAGUUGUUAGAGAGACUAUAGAAAGAGCAAGACAGAAGGCAACAUUUAAUUUAGAUGUGGAUGAAUUGAGCUUUAGGUCCAUGUCAGAAGGUGACAACUCUGUGUUCUCGGAAGCAAAUACCCCGCUAGAGCCAAAUAUAAACAUUGGUGACAAACAAGAGGAGAACGCUAGCGGUAAUGAGUCGGAGGAGGUUGAUGAUAUAGAGCUGAUAUUUACCACAGAUGAGUCUAAGGAUAUGAGUAACUUGCAGGAGGACCUCGUAUCUAUAAAGGAAACAGAGGCAUGGACGCCGAGUUCCACCACGACCCACUCCACACCAGUCCUAAUUAAAUUCCACACCCUUGACCCAGAUUACCAAUCGGAUCACACAGACCCCGCGCCAAUUAGAAGCACCGAACACAUAGAUCAUAUCAAUGACCCAGCAUUAAAAGUUAAAAGAGUUUCGCUGCCGAACGAUAAUGAGAUAGAGCGAGGCGCGAAAGGAAAUUUAGACAUACCAGGGCGUGGGAUAUUGAAGAGUUUCUCGAAUAAGUCCGAUAAUAUGUUGUAUAGAAGGAGCCAUGACUCCCGAAGGAUGGAUAGCGUUGACAGUCUGAGUUACGACUGCAAGCGAGGCCUGAGUUUUGAUACAAAGUCAUCAAGUUAUGAGCUGGGCUCGAGUAUGGAUAUUCUCAAUAGAGAUCCCAGUAUGGACAACUUUAAUAGGUGUCGCCUAAGUCAUAGAUUUUCCGUGUUCCCUGAAUCGGAUAUGUCGAAAUGUGGGGUUUCCGAAGAGGAUUUGUUGACCAAUUUGAAUACGAGACGCAAUACUUGCCCGAACCCGUUCCAGUAUAGGCCUCCGCCCCGUGUAGGGCUCCUAAACAAGCCUGUAAGUAGCGCAGUGCGUCCCAUUUUGCGGGAGUUUUGCGGCGCGCGGCGAGAGGGCUCCGCGCAGACCGACAUGUCGGCGCUUCCUCCGCGGUGGACUUCCGACGGAUACCUGGCUUAUAAGAUGUCGGUCCCGGGUGGUCGCGGCACGGUGACUCUGCCCCAGCGCGCUAGUCCGGUCCGCGCUUCGCCCCAGGUGCGUCGCCCCCCCGCGCCGGAGCCCCUUCACCGCCACGAAGCGAAGCGAGCUCUGCUCAGCGAUAUUGGUUUUACUUCCAUGGUGCCCGAGCUGUCUCGCUCGGCAGAACCCUUGUGGACGCUAUGGAAGUCCCAACACCCCACGGAGACAUCGCCCAAACACAGAUAUACGCGCAGUUCAUAUCGUUCGCCGUCAGUGAGCGUAGAUCGCAGCAACGACUGGACACAUAGCUAUCUGGCUACACGAGGUUCAGGUAGUGCGAGCGGGUGGCGUGGGUGGCGCGGGUCGCUGCCUGACGUGCGCGCCGACGACACGGACUCGUUGUUACACGAGGCCGACAUGUUCGUGCGACGCUCCACCGACAACUUGCUGGACGCUUACACUGAGCUCGACACACCUUUGUCUCGUUCCGGUCAGCCAUACAUACCAGCUGAGGCGCGUCAGUUGCGACUCGGGCACGCUGUCAAACUGAUCACCCCACAAGGAAGGUUGGCAGUCGGUCGAGUGAGGUAUGUCGGAAUAGCUGGCGGUAGUGCCGCUCAGAGUGGCAUCGUGGUUGGAGCGGAGUUCUCUACCACCGAGUACCCUGGACUUCCCCUCAACGACGGCACAUACAGAGGCCGCAGGUAUUUCCUUACUCCCCCCCACUACACGGCUGUCUUUGUGCCGUUCUCCAAGGUGGUGAUGGCCUGGGCUACUUAACUUAAUUCGACUCACAAACUUUUAUACUGAAAUAGCCUGGACUUAAAGCAUGUUUGAACUAUCGAUCGUAAAGUGUGUUUUGACAUUAACUAUCUCAAUCUUUCUGAUAAAUAAACGCGGUGUAAAGUUACUCCAAGUUUAUAAUUGGCUAGCGCUUAGCAGAAUGGAACCAGUCCACAUGCAAACUAAGCCGAGUAUUUGAGGUCCAAAGUCAAAAGAUAGUUAUUGUUUUGUUUGGUGACUUUUAGUAUAUUUCUUGUGGAUGUGUUCAAUAUCUUUACUACAAAUACGAGAAGUGAACUGGGUUCUUUUUAAAUUAGAAAUAUCGGAUAUGUUUUGUUCGGUAUGUCAAACAGUAAUAUUUUUAUGAUUGGACUGGUUCGGGGUUCCGUUCUGCUAAGCGCUAGCCAAUUACUCCUCCCUGUCAUGUUAUUCUGUAGUGACAAAGGUAAGAUAAAGACAAAGAGUUUUAAAUUUUGUAAUAACAUUACUUCGCAAUUAUUAAUAACACUGUACCUAUGUGUUUACUAUUUUGUAGAACUUAGAAAUAUUUAAUUAAAGGACAGUUUAUAUUUUAAACAUAAGAAUGUUAAGAUUGGUAACCUAUUAUAAAUAUAUCUGUAUUGUAUUAAGAUAACAAGAUAUAUUCCUUGACUAUUUAACUAUAAAAGAGGUACUUACUAAUACAAUGUGAAAUUCGUUGGCGAAAAAACUGAUGUGAAUGAAGAGCCAAAUCAUGAAAAUAUUUAAUUAGUUGAAAUUAUUUCUUCUAGUAUUUUUUUUUAUUAACGCGAGUGUUACACAUUUAAAUAAAACACUUUUAAAAAGAUUAAAACGCUUGUAAUUGUAACAGUUUUAGAUUACCCCCAUUAUUCAUAAUAGUCUGCUAACUUAAAGCAUUGCUAAUUCUCACUCUGUCUUUUUCUAUUGACCUAAGUCAGAAUGAGAAGAAACACUCCUUAGCGGCUGUUUAAAGUUAGCGGACCAUUAUGAAUAAGGGGGUAAAUGUUUAUGUAAAGGGGACUGCAGACGGACUUCAUCUGCAGUCCCCCUGAAAACGAGAUUUGGAAACGUCGGGUUAGUUAAAAUAAAAAUGUAACUUUUACGCAAACAUCUAAUGUAAAACUUUUUAAUCCUUUAAAAGUGUUUUAUUUAAAUUAUUUCUUCUUCAAAAUUUAAAAAAAUUAAAAAGUUUCUUUUUGAUUAAAAUAUACUAAGUUGAAGACUGUUACAAUGAUACAAGUGUUUGAAAAUUAUUAUAUUAUUUUCGAAGUAUUUUUUUCGACGUUUUUCCGUGGUGAAGAUGUUUGUUUUGAGAAUAAUACCUAUUUUGUAUAUCAAUUUAAGCUGAAACGUUUUUCUUUUACUGUGGCCUGUGUCCUAUUUUGUAUAUCCUGUGACCUAUUUUGUAUAUCAAUUUAAGCUGAAACUUUUUUCUUUUACUGUGGCCUGUAUUUAUGUCAGGCAGCAUAAAAUUUUAAAUGUUCAAAUUUAUUUUCUAACAAUAAAUAGAAAUUAGUAUUAAAAUAUGUCAUAUGUUGUACCUAAUCUAAAGUAUUAAGGAUUUGUGUAUUUUGUGAAAUCUGUAAGUAGGCUAGGUGUUUGGAGCUGUUUUACUUAACAUUGUAUCUUUGUGACUUCAUACAGACUUUUAUGUAGUAAAGGAAUUGUUAAAUACUAUCACUAAAAUAGUCUAAUAUAUAUUUUUCUAAUAGAAAUACUUGAGAUAAUACGUGUUGUCUGUACGUACUUAAUAUAUCAAGUUUCCUGUAUGAAUAUAUGUCUGUCUUUAUAUCGAUAUAACAAGGCUUUUAAGGAAUUAAAUCGUUAUUAAUAUAUGUAUGUAGUAUUUGUAGGUUGUCGUGAAUAUUUAACAAUUAUUGUCAAUACGUAUAUAUGUAUUUUUAAUAUUCUACAGUAGGGAUUCCCAAAAGUGGUCGAUAAAAAAAUGAAAACGGAUUUUGAAGGUCAUCGAGGUCAAAGAAUCGACCCAAGUAUUGAUAUUGAUCUUUUAUGGUCGUUUUAUGGCAAUAAUCUAUCUAUCCUUAGUUUACCUUACUAGAGGUAGACAAAUCUAUCCUUUUACGCUUAAUUACAUUUUAAUAACCUAUCGACAUAAAUCAUUGCACUACAACUAUAUUGUUCAGUACUUGGUGGAGAAGACAAGGUUCCGGUUGGGGGUCGAAAAGUUGGUGACGCGUCACGCAGUAGACUUCCAUUCUUUUGUUGUUCGCGUCCCGACAGAACAUAUAUCAACCUUCCUGGACGUGCAGCUGUGGCCGAAGGGGGUCGUGUUCCGCAAGUAUCGCGGACGUCGCCGACCGCCGGAAGCUACCGAACCCGCGCCUCACAUCGCCGCGAAAAUGUGACGUAGAUUUAAGUUAUGUAUGUUAGACUAUAAGGUAUUUAUUUUAUGGGCCUUGUAGCCUGAAAUAAAGGAAUAAUUAUUAUUAUAUUGGACAUAACUAUGGAUAGAUACGAUCUUGUCAUUAAACGGUGACAGCAAUGUAUCCGUAACUAGAGAUACGUUAUUGAAAACGGCCGUUAAAGAGCUGAACAAGUUGAGUGCACAAGUUGGUGCUAGAUGAAAAUAUCUACAAGUAAAUAAAAUAGGAAUAAAACUAGAAAGAUGACUUUUAAAGAAAUUUGGCAAUAGGGUCUGCCGUAUAGUUAAAAAAAAAGAUGUCUUUUGCCCAAAAUUGUUCGGGAAUCCCUGUUCUAUACUUUAGCUGAGUAACUGAUUAAAAUAGGUAAGGCUAAUUAUAUGCAUUACGUUAUGUAUAUAAAACUAUGCCUCGAUAUAAAACUAUAGAUGGGCUCGUGGAAUAUUUCAUGAUAUAUUUAAUAUAGGGCUCAUCCAAUGCUGUUUGUGCCCUACGCUUUCGCUCUCACAUUAGGUGCCUGGGGUUUUUUUUUGGGGCCGGUCAUAAUAACGUCACAUGAAUUACAUGAUUGAUUGACCCCUCCCACGUCCUUGUCACAACUGUUCACAAUUGUCACCUAGUGUGAUGACACAUAUUUCGCAAUUGCAUUUAAAAUUUAUCAUGUUAAAACAGCAGUGUUACGAAAUUGGAUUGGAUGGAUUGGCAAAUGGGACUAAACAGUUCCAUUUAAAUUCUUUUUAUUUUUUUUUUAUUAUUUAAAACAAAAAAAAAAUAAAUUAAUGAAAAUUAAAAAACAUAAAAAAUAUUAGAUAAUAUGCAAGUUUAUUAGUUAUUUGGUUUAAUUCUAGUGUUGCAAUACUUAGAUAUAAAAUAUUAUAUUUUGAAAAAAUAUGAUGUCACACUUGGUGGACCCCCCUCCUUCCCGCAUAAGGUGUGACGUAAUUGAGACGUAUGAGAGACAAAACGUAUAAUAUGUAUAUAUCGAGCCCAUCCUGACCUCCUUUCCUUCGUAUUUAAAUCAUACGAAGUCAAAAUGGACGCCAUGUUUAACAUCACUGUUAGUUGAUUCAUAAGUACAUACGUAAUGUUACACAUAUGUUACUACGACCUACUGUUGCUCAUUCUUCUAAAAUAUUUGGUGCUGUGUAAAAUAUUUAGUUAAUUUUGUAUUUCAAAAAGAUUUUCUAAUAUUUUUUUGGAAAUAUUUUAGUAAUUUUCUGGCCUAAUCUUGUACUCUCUAAUAAUUAGUAACUGAAUAUUAAAAAAUUCUGUGUGUGAAGUUCAUAGACCAAUUAUAGUAACUAGGCUAAUUGAUAGCUUCCGUCUCACUCACACGAGAAAAAGAAAAACUUAUGCGAGUAUUAUGUAAAGAAAUGAGAUAGAGUGAUUAGAUUUUUUGUUUCGUCAUGAGUGCUGGUUUUUUCAAGGUCAGCACACCCGGUGUGCUAAACAAAUUUGACAGCGCUGCACAGAUAUUUUGUUUAUUUUUAUUUGCUUUGUACAAAAAUAGCUAUUAUUGUUGUGAAACGUGUGAAAUAUCCACUAUUUAUUCAACGUCAGUGACAAAUUUAAGUAGAAUCGAAGGAAAUAUGGCGUGAUGUUGUGUUUUACGAUGUAAAAGUGAUAGUGAAAGAACACUUGUGUUAUAUUAUGUACCUAUAUGUAUAGGAUAUUGUCUGUCUCAUGUUGGUCACGCAAAACCGAUGUCUAGUUACUAUGCUUGGUCUAUGGUGGAGUUAGAAGAGUGUUGUUAUUGCUUCGUACGCUGGUGUAGUGUUUUUUAGAUUAGCAAACAACAGUAUUGCAUUAGUAGCUCAAGUAAGCAUAUCACUUAAUAUAGACACGUAUAUAUAUAUAUAGAUACUAGCUGACCCAGCAAACGUUGUAUUGCCAUAUAAAGUAAUAAAAAAUUUUUUUUUUGGUGUAAAAAUUAGAUGCAACCGAUUCUCAGACCUACCAAAUUUAUUGUACUACAAUUAUUGUAAGUAUUGAUCCAUUGCCAUCUUGCAACCCUAUAGCGGAUUUGUGGAUGGAACAGAAUAAUAUAAAAAUUGCGAUACAAAAAUAGGGGUAUAGAUCGUAGAGUGUUGAAAAUUUAGGGUUGCAUGUAUUUUUUUAUGUUGUACCUUCGAUUCUAGUCAUUGCCGUUAAGUAUUAUUAUUUAUAUAAAACAGUUUAAACUUGUUUGUGUUUUUCAUUUGAUGAUUUUAUUAAGACUUAUAUUUAUUUGUUCAAAUAAUGAAAUAAUGUACUUAUACAUAUUCUACUGUAUAUUCUUAUAUCGCUAGUUUUUGCUAGAGCGACGUUGCGGACGAUGGGAAUACAACAUUUGUACGCCAUAUUGACCGAUGGGCGUGGCUUUAUGUGUGGCGCCAUAUCACUCGCACCGUAGUUAAAUAUUUUGUGAGAAGCAACACUGCACAUUUUUACAUUGAAUUAUUUUUAUUUUUUAUUAGAUCAAUUAAAUUAGAUGUUUCCUAUUUUAUUUUCGUGAAUUUAUUUUGCCUUUUCAUACAUUAUAUUCAAACUAUGAGAUAUGUUCUCGCAGUGUUUGUCACAAUUAUUGUUAAUAUAAAAAUACUUUUAGUACAAAACUUUUCAACCGUGUUCAAUCGUGCCAAAAUUGGUAUUUAUCUGAAUUUUAAUUGUCGAAAUCACUAGUUUGGUAAACUGUCGCUUAUGUUGGAAAAAUUCGGCAAUCGAUUGCAUAAAUUGCAUUUUUCUCAUUUGAAUUAGGUAUACAUAUAAACUAAAUAAUCAAAAUUAUAUAUAUUUUUUAUUUAAGGCGAGUAUUAUGUCGGAAUAAAUAUUGUUAAUUUAAUUAAUGAUUAUUGUUAUCUUUUAAAAAUAAUUUUAGUUAAUAAUAACUAAUACAUAGGUAGGUACGUACAGUUUAUUUAAAAAGUUAUUUUGUAUGGCCACUCCUAAUGAAGUAAUAAAUAUUGUGCAAGACUGCAGUUGAAAACGGGUUUACGUUACAUUCCGCGUUAUAUCAACUAUAUCUUGUUGAUAAUAAGUAACGUAAAAGGGUUUGUAUAAAUUCUUCAUAACUAGUGGUCCGCCCUGACCACACCUCGCUACGCCAUGAUAAUGUUUAUGGUGUGUGUGUGGCAAUCUGUUAAAAAAUCGUCUAAAUCUAUCACAAUCUACUUAAUAACUUCUUUUAUAAAUCCUUAAGUCCGAAAAAUAUGACUAGGCCAAAGGCCGAUAAAUCCUCUGAGUUUGCAGAGAGACAUAAUGGUGACAAUGAUUUACCUUUGUUUUUAUAAAUAAUCCGGUCAUUAAAAUUUUAUUUAUUGUUUUUUACGUCACUGUGUUUGAAUUAGUAGCUGGUAUAAGAUACAUGGAAUGUAGAUAUACUUUAUAUAAAACAAUGUGUAGACUCCGUAGUUGACUUGAACUAUUUCCAAACUGUUAUGCAAAUAUAAAAUCUAUUUUAAAUAUUGUAUGUUAAAUGUAUCAUAAUAAAGUAUAAAACACGUA